AUGAACAUAGCUUGUAACUUUUUGAAUUAUAUGAAAAAUUUUGAAAAAAUUAAGAGAAACAAUUCUAUUAUAUCAAAAAAAAUAAGUAUUACUUUAAUUUUCAGAAAUUAUACAAAUGAAAAAGAAUUAAAAAAUAAGGAUAUAAAUAGAAAAAAAAAACAAAAGUCAUGGAUGAAGAAAAUUAAUGUAAAUGAAUUACCACGUAAAAAAUUUGGAAAUAAAUUAGGAACAAUAGCAAAAAAGGAAUAUUUAAAAUAUUUAUUUGAAAUUAGUGAACAUAAAAUUAAUUGUGAUCAACUUAAUAAUCAUGAAAAAAAUUAUAGAUAUAAUGUAAUAUUAAAUGAAAAAAAUGCGAAUGAAAAAAUUAACAUUAAGGUUGAUUAUAAGAAUAAUGAUAAUGUUACAUGUUUAAAUAAUGAUAAAUUAUCAAGUGAACAAAUUAAUAAAGAAACAGAUGGAAAAAUAAAUAUGAGGUUUGAUAAUAAAAGUGAAAUAUCAUUCAUUUCGAAUAAUAAUUUAAUAAGUAAAGAAUAUUUGAAUACUUACAAUAAGGUUUUUUGGGAUGAUGUGAGGAAUGAAUUAAAGCAUCAUUUACCAUUUCUGCAACCCUAUAGUAUAACCACUGCUUUAAAUUAUUUGUCUAAAAUCAAUUAUGAUGAUUAUAGCAUUUUCAAAUUUAUAGCUGAAAGAAUUGAUGAAAGAUGGUUGAAAAAUUUUAAUAUAAAGGAUUUAACAUUAUUACUUUUAUCUUAUUCAAGGUUGAAUUUAAAAUUUAAUUCAUUUAUAAAUUUAAUAAGUAGAGAAUUAUUAUAUAAAAUAUGCUAUGCCAACUUCGAAGAUUUGUCUCACAUAGCUUAUUCUUAUACAAAAAUGAAAAUAUAUGACUAUGAAGUUUUUCUUCAUCUAGGUAAUGAAACGAAAGAUAAAAUAAAUAGUGAAAUGAGUAAAAUUUCAUAUAAAAAUAGUAAUAAUAAUAAUAGUAAUGACAGCACAGAUAAACAAGGUUUAUUAAAAGAAAAAACAGAAAGUGAAAGUUUUGAGAAAUAUAAUAACCAUGAUGAAAUAAAACAUCAUAUAAUAGAUAGUAAAAAUACAGUGUUAAACAUAAAAGAUAGAUAUAAUAAAGAUAAAUCUAAUGAAGAACAAGGCACAAUUAAAAUGAAUACGUUGAAUCAUAAAGAAAAUGAAAACAAAGAUAAUUUAAUAAAAGAAAAUAAGAAAUAUUCUCAUUUAUGCCUUUUAGUUUAUUGCUUUGGAAAAAUGAAGCAUUGUGACAAUAAUCUUUUUGAUUUAGUUUCAGAAUAUGUAAAAGUUGAAAAACUUAAUAAUAUUGAUUUAAGUAACUUGUCUUAUACAUUUUCUUUAUAUAAUUUUUAUAAAAAUUCUUUUUAUGAAAAAUUCAGUAUAAAAAGUUACGAAAUUAUUGAUUUACUUGAACCACUACAAAAAAUAAUUAUCAUGACUUAUCUUUUAAAAUAUCCGAAGGAAAAAAUGUUAAAUAUAUAUUUUACAUAUCUAGAAAGCAUUAACAAAGAGAUUAAAGAAAAAGAAAUAUAUAAGGAAGCAAUAUUUUUAAAUGUGUGCAUAAAUAGCCUAUCGAACAGUGUAUUCUUAAAUUUCCUAUUUAAAAUAGUAAACACUAGUGAACACAUUUGCGAAAAGAGGUUAGAAGAAUUAAACAAGGUGUAUUUUAUUUUAAAAUUCUUAGUUAAUUAUACAAACUUUUUUAUGAAUAAUAAAAAAAAAAUUUCAUCAAGAGAUUAUCCAAAAAUUUUGAAUAUUUUAUAUAAAAUAUAUGACAAGGGUAAUUUUUUAUUAUUGUAUGAUUCUAAAAAAUUACAUAUAGAAAAAGUGGAAGUUUUAAUAUCAAAUGUUCUAGAUAAAAUAUUAAAUGAAAUAAAAAAACUUCAUAUUCUUGAUUUAAUUAACAUUAAAAAUAUUUUGAAUUCAAAUUAUGAAAAAAUUAAAUUUGCACAAAAAAUAAAAACAAUUCUAAAUUCUAUUAGUUUAAUUGUAAAGUGA